UUCUUAUCGAUUUCCUGUUGUUGGAGAGAAGGGUUAUAUUUUAUGUUCUUUCGUUUUCCAUUGCGUGUGUUUUACUUUCCCGAACUAAGUAAUGGAGGAAUGUUAUUGCUUUGAUUGAGUUCUAAAGUUAUCCAAACACUCCCUAGUUCAAUUUCUGAUCUGCAGCAACCAACAAAAAGAACAAGGAAACAAAGGGUCUUUCUUUGUAUCUUUUUUCUCUUUUAGAGUAGCAUAAAAACCAUUCCUUUUUUGCUCUUGGAGGAUCACAGUUAGAAACAAGUUUUUUUUUUAUGUAGAUGGCGACACUAGGUGAUAUAGGGGUUGCAGCAGCCUUUAAUCUGCUUACUGCACUUGUAUUCUUUCUAGCUUUCGCGAUAUUGAGGCUUCAACCUUUCAACGAUAGAGUUUAUUUUUCGAAAUGGUAUCUCAAGGGUUUAAGAACCAGUCCUUCGAGGUACGGGGCAUUCGUGAGGAGGUUUGUCAACUUGGAUUUCCGUUCCUACUUGAGGUUCUUGAAUUGGAUGCCUGAGGCACUCAAAAUGCCUGAACUUGAGCUUAUCGAUCACGCCGGAUUGGAUUCCGCUGUUUAUUUGCGCAUUUACUUGAUUGGGCUAAAGAUUUUUGUCCCCGUCACUCUUCUUUCGUGGGCGGUCCUAGUGCCGGUUAAUUACACGAAUAACACAUUGAAGUCGCAGCUGAAGAAUGUAACUUCAAGUGACAUUGAUAUGCUCUCAAUUUCAAAUAUUCCACUUGGAUCGGAUAGGCUUUGGACUCAUAUUGUUAUGGCUUAUGCUUUUACCUUCUGGACUUGCUAUGUGUUGCUAAAGGAGUACGAGGCAGUUGCAAAUAUGAGGUUGCAUUUUCUUCAAUCGGAAAAACGCAGGCCAGAUCAAUUUACGGUGCUUGUUCGGAAUGUACCUCCAGAUCCGGAUGAAUCUGUUAGUGAGUCCGUGGAGCAUUUUUUCCUGGUCAAUCACCCGGAUACCUAUCUUACACAUCAGGUGGUAUGCAAUGCAAACAAACUUGCUAAGAUGGUGAAGACGAGGGAAAAAAAGCAGAAUUGGCUCGACUAUUACCAACUGAAGUACUCCCGAAAUAACGCACAACGACCUAUUAUGAAGACUGGUUUUCUUGGGCUUCGCGGUGAAAAAGUUGAUGCAAUCGACCAUCACAUAUCUGAAAUCGAGAAGUUAUCCAUCGAAAUAGCGGAAGAGAGGGAGAGGGUCUUAAAAGACCCGAAAGCAAUAAUGCCAGCCGCAUUUGUUUCCUUUAAAUCUCGAUGGGGUGCAGCUGUUUGUGCUCAAACCCAACAGUCCAGGAACCCGACUUUGUGGUUAACAGAAUGGGCACCCGAACCACGUGAUGUCUAUUGGCCUAACCUGCCAAUCCCGUAUGUCUCGCUGGCAAUUAGGAGGCUGAUCAUGGCUGUAGCAUUCUUUUUCCUGACAUUCUUUUUCAUGAUACCGAUUGCAUCGGUACAAGCUCUGGCCAGCAUCGAGGGACUUGAGAAAGUAGCACCGUUCUUGAAGCCAAUAAUCAAUAUGAGGUUUCUUAAAUCAGUUAUUCAAGGUAUUCUGCCUGGUCUUGUGUUGAAGCUGUUCCUCAUUUUUCUGCCAACAAUAUUGAUGAUUAUGUCCAAGUUCGAAGGAUUCACAUCGAUAUCAUCGUUAGAGAGGAGAUCAGCAACUCGAUACUAUCUUUUCAAUUUUGUGAAUGUGUUCCUUACCAGUGUUGUCGCCGGCAGUGCAAUGGAACAGCUAAAUACGUUUAUCAAGCAAUCAGCAAAUGAUAUACCUAGGAUAAUUGGUGUAGCCGUACCGUUGAGAGCAACCUUUUUCAUUACUUACAUAAUGGUCGAUGGAUGGGCGGGAGUAGCGGGCGAGAUUUUGAUGCUGAAACCACUUAUAAUAUACCACUUGAAGAAUUUUUUCUUGGUGAAAACCGAGAAGGACAGGGAGGAGGCAAUGGAUCCCGGGAGCUUGGGCUUCAACACCGGAGAACCUCAAAUACAACUCUAUUUUCUACUUGGCAUGGUUUAUGCUGCUGUGACACCCAUUCUACUUCCUUUCAUUGUAAUCUUCUUCGGCCUAGCUUACGUUGUUUUCCGUCAUCAGAUUAUUAACGUUUACAAUCAAGAGUAUGAGAGUGGUGCGGCAUUCUGGCCCGACGUCCACGGACGCAUAAUAGUUGCAUUGCUUAUCUCACAAGUCGCUCUCAUCGGAUUAUUAAGUGCUAAGCAUGCGGCUAAGUCGGCACCGUUUCUCAUUGCUCUCAUCGUCCUCACGAUCUGGUUUUACACAUUCUGCAAAGCCCGCUACGAACCUGCAUUCAUUCGAUAUCCUUUACAGGGAGCGAUGAUGAAAGACACGUUGGAACGUGCGAGGGAGCCGAACUUUAACUUGAAACCUUAUCUUCAGAAUGCAUACGUGCAUCCAGUUUUCAAAGAGGAGGACGAAGAGGAUGAGGAUGAAUUUAACCAUAAGUUGGAAACCGAGAGUGUUUUAGUACCCACAAAACGGCAAUCUCGAAGAAACACGCCGGCACCUAGCAAAAUGAGUGGUGCGUCCUCACCGUCGUUGUCGGACGUUCCCAAACAUUCGGAGCGUAUGAAGUAGGUACAACCGUGUGUGAAGAAGACUUAUGAUGUGUGAAGAAGGUGACACUGGCAUUGUAAAGUAAAUGAACAAAUUAGUAGAGGAAGCCAGCCCAAGAGAAAUGGUCUUGGAUACUUGAAUGUUAAAAGACUUGUACGAGGAUGAUA